UACCAACUAAACCCAGAAUUCAGUUGUCCUUCUCUUUCCUACUUCAAAUUAUCACUCUAUGUGUUAGAGAAAACAGGAACAACCAAAACAAAUGGUGAAAAUCUGUCAAACCUGUGGAGAUAAAGGUUUGUCUAAAUAUUUAAUUUAUUGUACCGAAUGUUGGGACACAGUUGAGCACAUGUAUUGUGUAGGACUAUCUCCUGAUGAUAUAUGUGAAGAUUUCAGUUGGAUAUGUAACUCUUGCCAAUCAGCAGAUGAAAUACUGGCAAAAACGAUAAAGUACGGGGAAGAAGAAAUGACCCAAUUUGCUGGUUGCAGUCCAUUGGGAAUUUCAGAUCUUGCUCUACUUGAUGCAAGUGCAAUCCCAGUGGUUGGUCCGAUUUGGAGGGGAGUUUUCAAUACCAGUGGGAGUUCCUCUGGAAGUUGGAAAGGUCUGGAAGCCUUUAUGCCAAAGACUUCAUAUUCAAAAGUUGUCAAUAUUGUACGAGCAUUGCAACCCUCUCUUUAUCUCCACCUGGAGAAAAGGGAUAGCCUGUGGCCUAAGAAUUUUGAUGAAUUGGGGGCUGCUGACUGCAAUAUUGGAAUUUACAUCCUUCCUCAAUUCUCCAGCUUUGAUGACAGGAGUGAGGCGGAUUACAACAACCUGGUGGAAUACAUGAUAUCAAAUGACCUUGCUCUGACAGCCACCAUGGCCAACUUAAAGCUGAUGGUUUUUACUUCUCUCGAGAUAACGGCUCCUGAGAAACAAAAAAUCCAAGGGAUGUACUAUCUUUGGGGAGCGUUUGAAAAAGUAUCCGGUGAACUUCCAUCCAAAAGGUACAAGCCAAGUGUAGCUAAAAGUAGGAUGGGCAAAGGUUUAAGAGCAGUGGGCUGCCAAGAGAAACAAAGCAUCAGUCCUCGUACAAGAUUAAUGAAAAUUGGUACCAAUUCCGAGCAGCGGAUAGCGCUCAAGAAGACCAAAAAAGCAGUAUCUCUUCUAAAGCGUAUCUGGAUACCAUCAUUAAGGCCCGAAUGCAAGAGAGCUAGGAGUAAAAAAUGUAAGAAGUUAAUAGCUCGACCAAGCAAUGACCAGGAAGCUGAUCAGACAUACAACAAACCAAGCCAAGCUGAAACCUCCACAAUUCUAGAAGCUACUGAGGGAGAAGUAUGUCUACCUCAAGAGAAUGCUAGGCUGCUUAAUGAUACAACUGAUAUGUCAGAGAAUGUUGUAAACAUAAACGCCUCAGUCGAGGGUAGAUCAGCCGGCCAAGGUCCUGAAGAACUUGUUUCUCCUUUGAUCACGUCUGUAAAAGAGAGAUCAGAAAACCACGAGGCCUUGAGUAUACGUGAUGUUUCCUGCUGUCCUACUCUUGCAAAGCCUCUCAAGAGUCUCAACUUAGAGGGGAAUGCUGAGAAGACCAUUUCAGAUAAGCCAAUGAUAGACCUAGUCAUAUUGGACCAGGAACCUGUCUGGUCUUCUAUACUAAGAGAGAAAGUUAAUGAUUAUGUAGAAGAUACUCAAAACAGAAUAAUUGAAAGGAAAACGGAGGCAGAGCAGGAAAUUGAUGAUUCAAACAGAGGCAAAGUCAGUGAGUGUAUAGAAGAUAAGCAAAACCAAAUCAUUGAAGGGGAAGAUCAGCCUAACCAGGAAGAUGGUCUAAAGCUGUUUGCUAUAUUGCUUCCAAAUCAAAAUGUGGAAUCACCACAGCUUCAAGCACAAGACAACAGUGUCAAUCUAGCUGCUAACUCUGAGAAUGGUACCUUUUCAAUCCCAUUGGUUGGUUAUCAAGAGGGUUUAGAGGUACACGAGCCCAAUGAGCCCAAUCCUAUAAGCAAUGGAGAAAACAAUCCUUGUAUUAAUGAUGAUCCAGUAGCUGAUCAACAGUAUAUUGUUGACGAAAAAGUUUUAAAUGCAAAUAAAGCCACUGUCAAUGAUGGUCUAACACUACUUCCUCCUCUGGAAAUUCAACACGAGACACAUUUGGAGAAGGGUUCAUGCAGUAUUCCUCCUGUUAUUGAUCUUGAAAAAGAAAAUUCAAGUCCUUUAUGUAUGCCUCCUGUUAUUGAUCUUGAAAAAGGAAAUUCAAGUCCUUCUAUUGCUUCUACUGAAGUGAUUGAGUUUGAUGAUGAAGAGACUACCAUAAGUGGGGCUGAGAACAUUAGAGAGGCAAGUGUAACGUCAAUACCGGUAUCCAUUUCAGAAAUGGCAGGUGAGUUCCAUGAGAUCAGCUCGAAUUGUGUUGGGGGUAGGUACAAUGUGAACGCUGAACUAGUCCCGAUUCUUAAAAGAAUUCUUGAAAAACAUGGGGAUAUUGCUUCACAUUGUAGAAUUCUGCCAAAGGUUCCACUGGAGAACAUCUGCAAGGUUGUUCAGGAACUUGAAUCAGUCCGGUUACGGGGUUUACGCUCCCAUCAUGUGAACCACCUGAAAAGUGUGCUGCAACUUGCUGAUGCUGUGGGAAUCGAUGUGGAAUGGCUUCGCAAAAGAUGUGAAGUUCUUGAGAAGUUCACUUGUGACUUGUCAGCUUAGUGAUUAUCCAACUCUGAAGAGUAAUCUGGCUCAAGCUGAAAAGGAUGUCCAACAUAAAGAAGAGAUGCUGAGUUCCAAAAGAACCAUAGUGGCGAACAUGCUAGCGGAAAUAAAGUCAGGUAGGUAGGUAGGUAUAUUCAAUAAAGUCAGGCAUUAACUCAGGUAGGUAGGUAGGUAUAUUCAGUUAACCACUAACUAUUUCUGAUAAUCAAUCACAAGUUUAUUACAAUAUUAACGUGUUAUGUAUAAUUUGUCUGCUGUUGUAAAGGCUAAUCCUAAAGUCAGUAACUCUCUGAUACCUCCAACUUUUGUGAUGGUUUUCUUAAUGUGACAUAUUGAAGCGAGGGUAACUUCAAAAUGAACCACUUCUCCUCAAUCAUAAGAACGUCUAUUUGCUGCAAUUCCAGCUCCUUUACUCACAUAUG